CAUUUAAUAGCACUGUGAAAGCAUAGCGACCUGCUCUUCCGCUUCCUGAGCUGCUUCUGUCCCUGCCGUUUAAACUAUUUCCUAAGCACUUCUUAACAGCUGUAUUGUAUUCAGAUAUAGGGAUAGGCGUAGUGAGGAGCAAAAAUGCCCCUAUGGGUGGACAAGUAUCGCCCGAACUCGUUUGACAAGUUCGUCGUGCACAAGGAUAUCGCGGACAACCUCAAAAAGCUGGUGGCGACGGGGGACUUUCCACACACGUUAUUCUAUGGGCCCCCGGGAGCUGGCAAGAAGACGCUGGUGAUGGCGCUUCUAAGAGCCAUCUACGGCGCAGGCGUGGAGAAGGUCCGCGUGGAGACGAAACCAUGGAAGAUUGAUCUGCCCAGCCGCAAGCUGGAGGUGGAGCUGACCACGCUGUCGUCAAACCACCAUUUGGAGCUCAACCCCGCGGAUGUGGGCAGCAACGACCGAUACGUGGUGCAGGAGAUCAUCAAGGAGAUGGCGCGCAGUCGGCCGAUGGGCGCGGACGGCAGCCGCGGGUUCAAGGUCCUGGUGCUGAACGAGGUGGACCGGCUGUCCAAGGAGGCGCAGCAGGGCCUGCGCCGCACCAUGGAGAAGUACAGCAGCGCCUGCAGGCUGAUCAUGGUGUGCAGCAACGUGUCCAAGGUGAUGGAGCCAGUGCGCUCCCGCUGCCUGUGCGUGCGCGUGGCGGCACCCAGCGACGCGCAGGUGAUGGAGGUGCUCCAGGGCGUGGCCAAGAAGGAGAACCUGGUGCUGCCGGAGGCCUUUGCGGCGCGGGUGGUGGACUACGCCGGCCGCAACCUGCGCAGGGCGCUGCUGUGCCUGGAGGUGUGCCGCGCGCAGCAGUACCCCUUCGGCGACAGCCAAGAGCCGCAGCGGGCGGACUGGGAGCUGUACAUUGCCGAGGUGGCCAAAAACAUUAUGGAUGAGCAGAGCCCCAAGCAGCUCUACCUAGUCCGCAGCAAGCUGUACGAGCUGCUGGCCAACUGCGUGCCGCCCGAGCUCAUCAUGCGCCAGCUCACCUUCGAGCUGCUUAAACGAAUGGACGACGAAAUCAAGCUGGAGACGGUGUCAUAUGCGGCCCAGUUUGAGCAGCGGCUGCAGGAGGGCGCCAAGGCCAUCUUCCACCUGGAGGCCUUCGUGGCGCGGGUCAUGAGCAACGUCAAGACGUACCUGGUCUCGUGCGGCCUGGCCUAGGGCGGCGGGGAUGAGAGGCGGGCUGAGAGGCGGUUGGGUUGGUGUAUGAUGGGACAGGGUUUAGACAGGUUGGCGAGGUCCCGGAGGGUGCAGCUGAUGCCCAUACCCCAAGCAGACGGCAGACAGUUUGCAGUGGCAGAGCAGAAGUGCAUGGCUGGUCGAACGCCGGAGUUACUGUACCGACAAGUUGUUGGCUGGCUGGAAGUUUGCUGAUGCGCAUUCCUCACGCUCCGGGCGCCCGGCCAGGCGAUAGCACCACACAGACACACCGCAACGCCACACUCGCGAUGCAGAGCCGCAGCGCACCUGCAGGAAGAUGGCUAGCGUCCACGGAUGAGCACCAGAGGCAACCGCAGAGAAAAUGGUUGGGUUGGUGCCUUGGUGGGUGGAAGGUUGGGGGCAUGGCCGGUGUUCGGCGGCCCAGGGCGCAGGUAGGGAGUUGGUAGGCAGGCACUUGACACAGGCAAUUGACAGGAUGCAGGGCAAAAGGCAGGUACGUUGAGCGCAGUGUUCACGAUGCCGGUACGAUGAGGAUGCAGGCGGACCCGCUGCCUUGUUGCUUCGCCAGUGCGAAGUCAUACAGGCGUUGAUGGGCAGGGACGCUGGUGUGUGUCGCAUGUGAGCGUGAGCGGCAGCGACAGCAGUGGCGGAGGAUUAGUGCGUCCUGGUAGGUGCUCGACACUUGGCAUGGUACAUAUCGUUUGCGAUUUCGAAGUGGGAAGGUCAGGCGUCCGGCGCGCCGCCUGACCGUGAGUGGCAGAGUGGUACCCGCUUGAGGACUGCGCGUGGCAUGUGCUGAGUGCCUGCAUGUACUCCUGUACGUGUGACUUCGUCCAGGUUGUGCUUGCUCUCGGCCCUUAAAGUUCC